UUAUUGUUAGUUUGACCCGCCAAAACAGCAACUCGGAACAUUAUUGUUAUUAUUUAAACGUCUUCUGUUUACAUUUGACUGUGUUAAGUGUGGAACUGGAGUGGUCGCGCAUGUGCAGAGCGUCACUUCCCAGCUGUGGAGUCGCUGUGGAGUGAUCUGUCUCGCUCCUCCGGGCUAUCUGCGGCGGCGCAGCGGCGGCAGCGGCGCUUCAGUACGUAACGGAACACUCAGCCGGGGGAGAACCCAGCAGAAAUGUCUGAAAGCGGGAGUCAGGAAGCCGCCGGGGCCUCGGACGGCAGCGGCAGCCCGACGAAACGGACACCGCCGAGACCGCCCGUGGGCAACAGAGUGACCGUGGUGCUCGGGGCUCAGUGGGGCGACGAGGGGAAAGGGAAAGUUGUGGACCUGCUGGCGCAAGACGCGGACAUAGUGUGCAGAUGUCAGGGCGGCAACAACGCGGGACACACGGUGGUGGUGGACUCUGUGGAGUACGACUUUCACCUCCUGCCCAGCGGCAUCAUCAACCCCAAAGUCACCGCCUUCAUCGGAAACGGUGUCGUGAUCCAUCUUCCAGGCCUGUUCGAAGAGGCCGAAAAAAACCAACGCAAGGGAAAAAGCCUGAAAGACUGGGAGAAAAGGCUGAUCAUCUCAGACAGAGCACAUAUAGUGUUUGACUUCCACCAAGCGGUCGAUGGCGUUCAGGAACAGCAGAGGCAAGAGCAAGCAGGCAAGAACCUCGGGACGACAAAGAAAGGGAUCGGCCCGGUGUACUCGGCCAAGGCGGCGCGCAGCGGACUCAGGAUAUGCGAUUUGCUGGCCGACUUCAAUCAGUUCUCCGAAAGGUACAAAGUGCUGGCUCAGCAGUACAAAGCCAUGUAUCCCACACUGGAGAUUAACAUAGAGGGAGAGCUGGUUAGAUUGAAGGACUACGUGGAGCAGCUUAAGCCUAUGGUGAGGGACGGUGUGCACUUCAUGUACGAGGCUCUUCACGGUCCUCCUAAGAAGAUCCUGGUGGAAGGAGCCAACGCAGCGCUUCUGGACAUAGACUUCGGUACCUAUCCUUUUGUGACGUCGUCCAACUGCACGGUAGGCGGUGUGUGCACGGGCCUCGGCAUGCCUCCCCAGAACGUGGGGGAAGUUUACGGGGUGGUUAAAGCCUACACCACCAGAGUGGGCAUCGGUGCCUUCCCCUCUGAGCAGAGCAAUGAGAUUGGAGAGCUGCUUCAGACUCGAGGGAAGGAGGUCGGUGUGACAACAGGCAGGAAGCGGCGGUGCGGCUGGCUGGAUCUAGUGCUCAUCAAAUACGCACACAUGAUAAAUGGCUUCACUGCUUUAGCACUUACAAAACUGGACAUACUUGACGUAUUUUCAGAGAUCAAAGUGGGCUUAGCGUACAAAGUCAAUGAUGAAACUAUACCUCACUUUCCAGCCAACCAGGAGGUGCUGCAGCGCGUCCAAGUCCAGUACGAGACGCUGCCCGGCUGGAACAGCGACACAUCGGCAGCUAGGAGCUUCGAGGAGCUGCCUGAGAACGCCCAGAAGUAUGUGCGCUUCAUUGAGGAGCAUGUUGGAGUACCUGUGAAAUGGAUCGGCGUGGGAAAGUCUCGGGAGUCCAUGAUCCAGCUGUUUUAGACGGCGCGCAGCAGCCAAGCAACCGUCACCUUCUUCCUUCGUCUCCCCCGUCACACACAGCCUACCUACCUGCCCCCCAAAGACGCGACCACUCCUGUUCUUACCGUUUUAUCUCCACUCCGUCGGACUGGGCUGCGCCACUGACUCUGCAGAUCGGACUUCCAUCAGACUGAGCACUGUGUUUCGAAAGAUUUCUAACCAUUUUAACGGUUUAAAAAAAAACAAAAAAAAGAAAGUAAAACGCUGUCUGUCCUUCAUUCUGUCUCUUGUAGGGUUGUAGUCGCUGAUUUUAACAGUAGCUCCGUCUUCGUCGGGUCUGCGAGGACAUCAGGGAGCGCCCUGAUGCAGACACAAGCGCUGCUCAAACCGGUUCUGGUGUUUUAUUCUCUCUUGGUUUCAUGCUGUGAUUUAAAAGCGCCGUGGCAGUUUCAGUGUCCAUCAGUUUUAGCCUCAGCACUUUAGAUGCUUUGGACUUUGUCUGCUUGACUUUUUUUUGUUUUGUUUUUUGGUUUUUCUUCUGUCAGAUUUGCACAAUAUGCGGACGUGAUAAAGGGAUAUUUUAAACAAAGAAAAAACAAAAGCGAUCCUCUUGUGUUUUUCUUGUCUCACAGAGGUUUGCAGAUAUUUCGCCUUGUUCUUUUCACCAAAAGACUCUUAAAUGUGUUGUAGUCAGCGAACGUCUCCACCGACUGCUGAUCAGUAGAAAACCCAGACGUCUGUCCAUACUGUGGGAAUUUGACCAUGAACGGGUACAGAGAAUUGCAAAUAUUUAAUAUAUAACCUUUUUGCAACUGGGAAUCAAUUCAGUUGGCUGGUGAGGGAGGGGGGGGUUCACGUGAUUAAAACUUAGUUCUUUGAUUUCUUUGCACUUUCACUACAACGCUCUGUUAAUGUGUCAGAAAGGUACUGGUAACUUAUGAACUGAUAAAGAUAAUAUUUCAGGUA